CUCUCUCUUUCUCAAAGUGUAUAUUUCAAUUUUUUGUUGCAACUUAGUAAUGUUAUAUAUAUUUAUAUCUUUGUUAUCUACCUAAAAAAAGAAAAAGAAAAAGAAAAAGCUUUAAGCUUCAGUUAUGGCAGCAGCAAUUAUCCAAUGCCAAAAUUGUUCUUGUGUUGCUAGUAAUUCCAAAUUCUUAAUCAAACCCAGAAACGAAUUUGGCUUUGCAAACACUUUCCAUAACAAUGCUGCUUUGUUGGGUAGGCGGAUGAUACCCAGGUGCUCUAUUAAAAAUUCACAUCAAUUUCAACAGUUUCUUUUGGCUAUCGUUGAGCAGAAAGGGAAGUCAUUUUCGAUAAAGGAAUGUGCGAUUUCUCUUGCAUUGGCAGUUGGGUUGAUUACUGGAGUACCUUCAUUGUAUCUGUCCAGUAAUAUUGCAUACGCUGUUAGUCCUGCAUUGCCUAAUCUUUCAGUGCUAAUAUCUGGACCGCCAAUUAAGGACCCUGGAGCAUUGUUAAGAUAUGCACUUCCAAUUGAUAAUAAAGCUAUAAGGGAAGUACAGAAACCACUUGAAGAUAUCACAGAAAGUCUCAAGGUUGCUGGAGUAAAGGCACUUGAUUCAGUCGAGAGAAAUGUGAGGCAGGCAUCUCGGUCCCUUAAGCAGGGGAAAACCUUAAUUAUUUCAGGAUUGGCUGAAUCAAAGAAGGACCAUGGAGUGGAACUGCUUGACAAGCUAGAAGCUGGAAUGGAUGAACUUCAACAGAUUGUUGAAGAUAGGAAUAGAGAUGCUGUGGCAUCCAAACAGAAGGAGCUGCUUAAUUAUGUUGGGGGUGUUGAAGAGGAUAUGGUGGAUGGCUUCCCUUACGAAGUACCUGAAGAAUAUCAAAAUAUGCCUCUCUUGAAGGGGAGAGCAGCUGUGGAUAUGAAGGUCAAGGUUAAAGACAAUCCUAACAUGGAAGAGUGUGUAUUCCACAUUGUUCUAGAUGGAUAUAAUGCUCCGGUAACUGCUGGGAAUUUUGUUGACUUGGUGGAAAGGCACUUCUAUGAUGGCAUGGAAAUCCAGAGAGCGGAUGGCUUUGUUGUCCAAACUGGAGAUCCUGAAGGCCCUGCAGAAGGCUUUAUUGAUCCUAGUACAGAGAAAACUCGGACAAUACCAUUAGAAAUUAUGGUGAAUGGGGAGAAGGCACCUUUCUAUGGGGAAACAUUAGAAGAGCUUGGUUUGUAUAAGGCUCAGACAAGGCUUCCAUUCAAUGCAUUUGGAACAAUGGCCAUGGCCAGGGAUGAGUUUGAGAAUAACUCUGCUUCAAGUCAGAUAUUUUGGCUGCUGAAAGAAAGUGAACUGACUCCCAGCAAUGCAAAUAUAUUGGAUGGUCGGUACGCUGUGUUCGGCUAUGUUACAGAAAAUGAGGAUUUUUUGGCUGAUUUGAAGGUUGGUGAUGUCAUAGAAUCAAUGCAAGUGGUCUCUGGUCUGGAUAAUUUAGUUAAUCCAAGUUACAAGAUUGCUGGCUAGGGCUUGAUGCAUUUUCAGUGAUAUGAAUGCGAGUUUGUCAAUCUCUUUCAGCAAAUUAGGUGAUGAACUGCUUUAUAUUGAGUAGAAUUCUUCUUUGUCAUUUGCUCAGUCAGUCUGAGAUUUUCGAUUCGGAUGAAUCAAAACGUGAGUUGAGAGUGUAAUUCAUUACUCCCAACAUUAAUUCAUUCAUGUUAAAAACAUUCUCAUA